AUGGGGAAGUGCAAUCCUUGUUCGAUUCCCAUGGAACCAAGAAUGAAGAUGAGCAAACAUGGAAAUGGAGAACCUGCGGUUGACAAAACACUUUACAGAAGUGUUAUUGGAAGCUUACGCUAUCUGGUUAAUACUCGGCCCGACAUAGCCUACUCACUUGGUGUGAUGAGUAGAUACAUGGAGGCACCAACAACUUCACAUCUCACCGCAGUAAAACAAAUAUUGAGGUAUGUGAAAGGUACUCUAAGUUUUAGUUGUGUUUAUAAGAAGCUGUCGAAUGUGGAGCUAGGAGGAUUUAGCGACAGUGAUAUGACUAGGGAUAUUGCUGAUAGGAAGAGUACAACUGGAGUGUGUACUAUUUUGGAGUAA